GAGGACGCUGGGCGUAGCGGCGACGAAAUGAAGCAUGCAGCAUGCGUGGUAGCGGUGUCACGGCUGCGCGGUCCUGCCCAACCCCUGGUGUCCGCCAGCCGCUAUCUCGCCGUUCAAGCCCUUCCUGGUGAUCCUCUUUACUUCGUCGUUGAGGCGAAGUCGAGAGUAAAGGAGGUAUACGCACAGACAUGCAUGCUUCUUGGCCAGCAGGGCAUGCGAGACUGCGAACUGUUCGGCCUGGCAAUACUGUCCGACGGCGAGUACCUGUUCGUCGAUCCCGAGAAUAAAUUAAGCAAAUACGCACCGAAGAACUGGCGAAGUUCUCAUACAUACGGCUUAGACAGCAGCGGAAGGCCAGCUUUCGUCCUCUAUUUUCGUGUUCGUUAUUACAUCGAUACGCCAUUGCUGUUAAGCGAUGAAACGACCCGUCACCACUAUUACCUGCAAUUGCGGGACAACGUGGUCAGGCAUGGGGGUGGGGUUGAGAGCCUGCAUCCUCACCAUCCCUUACACGAACCAUCUAUCGUUACACCGUUGCUUACACUCGCCGGUCUUGCCUUACAAGCCGAUCUUGGCGACUACUCCGAAGAACGGCAUAGACCACACGCGGGAGCAGUGGGAUACUGUAAACCCACCGAUUACCUUCCACCUCACAUGUGCUUGGAGUCAAAUGUGCUCGGCGUGCUGGCGGCUCAGCACAGAGACAACCGGGGUCUGUCAAGGGAGGAGGCAGAAUUGCAAUACAUCCGGGAGGCGGUGCUGUUGGAGGCGCCGCUCAACGCUCACCUUUAUCGCCUGCGAAGAAGCAAGAACGAGGCUGGUCCAGGACGUAUACUACUCGCGAUAUGUGCUCGCGGUGUGCGAGUUUACGCCGAGGAAGAGACACCGCGUGUUUUUGCCUGGAACAACAUUGGCAAACUUUGCUUCGACCGCAAGAAGUUCGAAAUACGCGCAGUCGAUCAGCCGGACAAGCUUACUCUCUACAGCGGAUGCGAUGACAAGAGCAAACUUCUUCUGGGCCUCUGUCGAGACACCCAUCAGUUCUCCAUGGCCAUAGCACCUAGAGUAAACGAGGCGAAGAGGCGAGAGGAGGAAGAGAGAAAGGUUCUUCGCGACUGCUACAUGUAUCCUGCACGAUGCAAGCUGAGCUUAACAGCACGAGGCGCGCGCGGGGACCAACGAAUUUCUGUUAUCUCCAGCACCUCGUCCAAUACAACUUCUGGAAUUGUCAGCGAUCGGGUUCAUAGCGAGGACGAACCAGACACGGCGCCAGCCUCGACCGAGUGUCUUCCGCGUCUUACCGAAAAUUCAUCUUCGCACCCCGGUGGCGGUGGCGGCGGCGGCGGCUGCCUGGUGAACGGCUCGAAUGCAGAUAUCGAGGAUCGUUCGAUGCCGUCCUCGCCAGCCUCUACUGUUGAUGAAGUCGACGGUACGGACAACACUCCUACGACGGCUGCACUGCGAUUAGCUUCGAGUGCAGCAACGGGGGCCGAGGGAUCGCAAUGCAGUAGCAGCUGUAGCACGGUGGUGGUUGUGAAUGCACCUGCUGGUGGACCGCCGCGAAUGCGUCGCACCUCGGCAACAUCCAGUCUCGAGCUCGGUUACUCCCAUACGGCACAGAAUUCAGCGGUUUCUUCAGAAACCGCUAGCUUUCCUGGUGCCAUUUACGACAGGUGCAAAAAAGCUGGCAAAUACGCGGGUACCGACAUCGCGAGCGAGACCAGUGGAGUGUACACGUUAAGGAGCAGCGAGAUGCAGGACGAGAGAAUCGGAGACUUGUAUUCACCUAGCGGAGACGCAAACGAAUCAUCGGCAGCGAGUGACAUGUGUGCCUUGAGUUCCGUCCAGUCGACUACCGAUGAAGCUUCGGUGACAUCCGGUUUCUACACCAUCCACAGUGGGCUUAGAUCGGAGACGAGCGACGUUUACACGGAAGACGUUGGUACCGAUGAUCAAGAACCGAUUUACAGCGUCUGCAAAGGUGACGACGAUGUCGCUAACGACAUAGUGGUUUCCGCUAUGUCUGCGGUAUCUCUGGAUCAACAAUUGGAAGAUUCUAGAUCGCGAAGCAACAGCAUACUCAGUGCUGGAAGUUUCAGAGGGGACGGUAGCGAUCCAUCCAGCGUAGGACCUUUGUUGUCAGCCGACGAGCUUUCGGAUUUGAUCGUUGGACGUUAUCCUCCCCGAAAAACCAUCAGCAACUCCAUGGAUUCCGAUUGCGAUUACGUUACUAUGCCACCGCCACCUCCUCCGCCGAGGACGGACAGCGACAGGCAACUUCCUCCACCUCCUCCGUAUCCGGUCAGCAUGGAUUAUGCUACGAUAAACUCGUCGCGAGCAAAGAUACCGGAUAUCGAGAGAGAACCUCCGCCUCCACCGCCGUACAACGCGACACGUGGCGAAUUCGUCCCUUUACCACCGAGAAGAACCGAUCCACCACCGCCACCGCCGCCUUAUACUUCGCCCAGAGAAAGAAUCCAAAUACCACCACCUACGCCACCGAGAAACGACGCUGUCCAACCCAGGGAACCGCCACCACCACCCCCGCCGUAUCCAGAAGUCUCGGACGUUACUCGACAGGAAGCCAUUUCGAAAUUGUACCCGACCAGCAGCACCGAAGAGAUCGUGUCGAGAGUUACUACUGUAACGUCGAGCAAGUUUCAAAGUAAUCUGACGAACAACAAAUCCAACAACGGCAAUAUAACGCCGUUGAAUUCAAAGACCACCAGCAGCAUCGCCGCUAAUCAUACGAGCAACGACGACGUUGCCUCGAUCGCCCCGAAACCACCGCCCAGAAUUCAACCCCCUACUUAUCCCGGUGACAAAAUGAAACCUACCCCAGUUCACGCUCCCGUUGCCGCUCUUGUCGUUGGACCGAAUAAUUAUUUGGACGUCCACGCUUCACGUGGUGGUCCGGUUUUGUUGCCUUACUUGACACCACCACCUCCUCCGCCACCCCCUCCGCCACCCAUGAUUCACCCUAGACAACCUCCACCGCCGCCACCCAGCUUGGCUACCGUAUACACCAGUCAAGUUGCGAGGUCGCAAAUCGAACAGUAUAAACAGCAACUCUAUUCCGACGUCGAUUACGUUAUGUUCCCUCUGAAGGAUCCUGCCGUGUCGAAGCAAGAGUACAUCGAUGCCAAACAAGGAUCUCUUCUUGCAGCAAUGGCUGCUUAUCCACCACCCCCUUAUCCAUCGUUCAACAAUAAAUCGUUAGUGAUGUAUCGUAGCACACCGUACCUACCCGGUUCCUCCUUCUCGUCACCCUCAAAAUACGCUUCGAAUCAAAACCUUAGUAGCAGCGAUACCAGCUCUAACAAUUAUUUACCGCAUAGUAAUCUGAGCAGUCACUAUGCUGCCAGUACCAGUUCCCUAUACAGUGGAGCUACUUGUUCGUCGGCAGGAAGUCAGAGUCUUAGACGGGAACCACCAGCACCGACUCAUCCUCAUACGCUCCACGCAUUUUCCAGGACCAGAAGCGACGAGAAUAUCUUGAAAUGUUUCGACUCUCCUUCCAGCAUCAAGUUGCAGUCGUUGCCGCAACUCAAGCAUCGUAGGCUACCACCACCUCCUCCGCCUCCUCCUUACGAAAUACAGAAUCUUGAGAAGAAUCAACCGCUUCCGUCUGCCUCGUCGUCAUCCUCUUCGCCGAAUAAAACGUCGAAAACGAUGGGAACGGAGGAACGCGAACGCGAGGAAGGAAAAGAGAAUGGAAUGUUGGAUAUUCGAACGCUUCGUGAGAAAAGUCGCAACUUGGACUUACCAUUGAUAUCGGCAUUAUGCAAUGAUCGGUAUUUACUGAAACAAACGAAAGCGUUCGUUAUGCCAAAGCAUCCCCCAACUGAGACGACAUCUUCUUCGACGUCCGCGAAGAAUGGUACGAGAACCAGUAAUAUUGGAACUUCCAGCAGAAACAAAUAUCCAGUCAGCGGUCUGUCGACCACGCAGAUCGCUAAACCUCCUCGAAAAUCUUCGACGAGUACUCACAAACACCCGGCAGAGGUGAAGGGAAACGCUUACAAAGUGUCGAAUUCGACAGCCGUGUCCUCGGUGAAAAAGGAUCCGACCAGAGCGUCCCAUUCGUAAGAUGAAAUUGAAAAAUAGGCGAAGGGGACCUUUGCCGACUCUUGCAACGUUACGAACAAUUUUAUACCUCGAUAAAGGUACACAUUCCACGAUGUGCCGUUGAAGAUUACGAUUUUACGAUAACUUUUUUGAUAACGGCUAAACAAAGAUCCUGACGUUAGGUAUACUUAAAACAGACAAGUUUCACAGACCGUGCUUCUUCAACUCAGGGUGCCAUUUUUAUAUCGUUUACAAUUUUUCUACUUGUCGGUAAUACUGUCGAGAUACGAAAUCAUUGAAUCUAGGAAAACCUUCGAGAAGCUAAAGAUGAUCCCUUUCUCAUUCGAUUCAAUUUUCUUUUUAAUGAUCUCUUUAAUAACGUUGAAAAUUUCACUUUUUCCUCUAUUCGAACGAACAUAAGUGUUUCGUACGUAGAAUAAUAUAGAAACAUAUACACGUACACACAGCCAGACAGACACACACGCACACACAUUUACAAUAAGACAAUAAAGUGUCCAUUAACGUUACUUUUUGCUCAACUAAAGCGGUUAGCGCGAUCAAAGGGAACAUUAAACGCGAUUGUUGUAAAAUCCUAAUGACGAAAGCGUAAAAGACGCUCUUGUACAUAUAAUAGUUAUCUGACAAGAGCAACGAUUUUUCUUAGGUACUAAUUACUCGGAUAUUUUUAUACUCUGAACGAAGACAGGUAUGAUUAAUGUAACUAGAGAAAUAGUACCUUCAUACUUUUUUUUUUUUUUUUUUUUUUUUUUUUUAUACAUGUGUCUACGAAAGUAAUAUUUAUUACCAUCCAGAUGAUUCUUGUCUUUAUUAUUACUAUUAUAUUUUUUUAAAUAACUCAAUCAACGCUCGCUUUAUGAUACUUUCUAUCGAAGCGGUUUUUUUGUUUUAUAAUAAUACAUUUGCGUGUACGUAACUGUAAGUGUAGUUUCUUUUUUUUAUUUCGUUUUCUUUAUUUAAGAGAAUUAAAGCGCAUAAGCAGGCUCGAUGAGAAAAAUUGAUUAUUCAUUGGCAAGAAGAAGGAAAAGCAGCCGGUACGAGGUACGAUAGACGAAUUCUCCUUUUAACUACACUACAGAACACGUACUUUACUGAACGGUAAUGAACGCGAAACAAUUGAUAUUUUGACUACUAUAAUACUACGCAAGAGUCUCGUGUUAGCGUCGAUCUUUCGUACACAUUAAUCAUUAGAUCGUAGACGUGUAAGGGGUAACAAUUUGUAGACGUAACGUUGACUUAUGUUAAUUAAUGGUAGAUAUUAAUAUUACAACACGAACCAUGUCUGUACAUAGUAUUUGCGUGAAAUUAUAGGACUUGUUGUAGUCGAAAACCUCAUGUAUGUACCACGCGCCACCUCAGCUACGAAUAAUAAACUCUUUUUUUAUAAUGAA